AUGAAAGGAAUCAAUAUUGCCAUUUUAACCACCUUUGUUUUGGCAAUUCUUUAUGCAACUACUUCAGUUGCUUCAAUUCCCGUUAAAGCUGGUAUUGAGAAAUCAUCGGUGACUUUAUUCAGCAGAAGAGGUAUAAAUAAUUAUGAAAUUGACUCGAAUGACUUUUCAUCCGAAGCUUUCAUUAGAUCUAGAAAAAGAAAUGGCAGCGCAAAUGAAGAUGAAGUUACCACAGCCGAUGCUUCUUCAAUUGUAAAAAUAUUGAAUAAACGUCAAGCUUCCAGCGAAGUUGAUAGUAAUUCCAGCGUUGGGAAAAGAUGA